UUUUCUCAUUCCUUUCCUUUUGGACCAUCACGUUCGUUACAGCGACUAUCUUAUUCACUCAUUAUAAGAUGGCAUCGCAAAGACUUUUCGCUGCAUUCGCGGCUCUCUCUAUCCUCAUUGGGUCUGAGGCUAGCCCCUGCAAGCCAAUUUCUUCCACCACUGAGAUCCAGGCUACAUCAACCUUCUCUUCUGAGACUGAGGCUGCCACUGCUAGCGACGCCACUUUCACCACUGAACUGACCUCAACUGAGUCGAGCUACGUCACGGACAUCACCAUCACUGAGAGUGAGACAGCGACAUCCAGUGCAGCUGAGUCAACUUCAACCGUGGUUGUUUCCACCACCGAGACUUCUGCCUUCACUUCUACCACAGAAGCUGCCUCUACUACCUCAGCUGCACCUGUUGAAACACCUAAAAUUAUCAUCAACGGUGACUUUGAGAGCGGUAGCAUUGCUCCAUGGUUCAACUUUGGCCUCGGCGCCUACGCCGAUAUCGACUCUUCAACAGUCCAUGCAGGUUCUUAUUCUCUCACCAUGGGCUCCCAGGCUAGCGAUUGGUCAAAUACCGUCCAAGUCCUCCGCAAGUCAACCCUCGUCGCAAACCAGCCCUACAGUCUCUCUCUCUACGCCAAGGUCAGCUCUGGAUCUUCUUGCACUGCUUUCCAGGCGUUCAUUGACAACAACGACCUCAAUGAUUCGUUUGGAGUGAGGAUUAGUGUUGCUGGUGUCCAGAUCGCUAGUGACUUUACUCUUCUUUCGGGCGAGUUUUCCUUGACGCAGACGGCUUUGGACAGUAACAAUCCUAUCCGGGUUGUCAUCCGAGCGAAGUGCAGUAAUGGUUACGUGGCGUGGGUGGAUGACGUUCAGCUGGGUAUUUCAGACUAAUUUGACUCAUCUCUGGAAUCUCGAUUUGCGGUUGUAGAGACAGCCAAGGGCAAUGGUUCGAAGGAGCAGUGGCCAAGAGCUAAGGGGCAUUUUUGGACACAUUUCAUCAUAGCAGGUAACCAGGUUCGCAGCCAGGGCUUCGCUGUGUAUAAUUACCUAUCCCGGCCAUCCUCUGAUGGUUGUAAAAUAAUUAGACUUUCCAUUCUCAAAAUAUUUGGUCCCACUAA